UUUUUAUGACUGACAAGCACUGACAAGUUUGACUGUUGUGAUUUUCGUAAAGUUUGAAAAAUUGCACUUAAUUUAUUUUAAAAUUCAUCCUAAUACCUGUGUUUACAUGAAUACUACGGUUUCUUAAACAAUGAGACGUACAUAUAAGUCUAAAAAAGACGCCGGCGGCGGCCUAGACCAUAGAGAUGUGUUGCUAAACUUAGAAGAGAAAAGUUCCGCUUUUGAUGCGUUUUAUAUACAAAACAUUAAGCAAACUAAGCGGGAACUAUCCUGUGUUGGCUCCUCAACACAUUAUGGAGCGGCUUCUAACAGAGUUCGCAAGAGAAAAUACGUAAAACGUAUAGUGAAGGAAACGGAGCCACCGCGUAGAGAAAGCGUGUCUCAUUCUGUAUUUCUAACUCCUGACAAGUCUAUACGUGUGAAUAAAGGUUUAGAUCCCUUCGACAUGCUUCUUAAUUCAUCCCCAGCACCUGAAAAGCAAAUAGAAACAGAUAAGACUGAUUCCUAUGAGAAACAUCUCCCACCAAGAAGGUCAGCAAUAACUUAUGCUAGAAAAAAACAUCUGAAGAAAAGAAACUAUAGAAACAGUGAUAGCACAGAUUCAGAAAAAGAAAACUCAGAUUUAUCAAACACAACCCACAAUGCUAUGGAUAUCAAAUCACAUAAAUUACUUGUUGAGAAAGAGCACAGUGCAAGCCCGAAGUAUAAUGAUGAAUCUAUAAAUAAUAUAGUGAAAAACUUGUCUAUACUCAAUAAUUUGAGACAAACAUCCAAUGAAGUAUCUAAAACCCCAAGAUUUUUAAGAUUAACAAAGAAUAUCCAAUCACCAAUAUUACAGAAUUCACCUCUAUGUAGUACUCCAUUUAAAGAGAAAUACAGGGGACAAUCUAUAUAUAAAUUUUCCCCUGUAGUAGCAAGUAAUCCAAAUAGUCCUAAUAUUGAUAUCAGUCACAUAUCUGACUGUAAUGAUAGUGUUGUAUUUAUUUGCAAAAGUAAUGAUUCGAAAAAAGCUGUAGAGCCACCAGUUAUAUACCCACUUGGAAAUGAAGUCAAUGGUGUAACAAUUAACAAAUCAACAGAAAUUAAUGAAGAUCAAGAAAUAGAUCUAAAAGAGCAUGUAAUACAAGAACAAAGAGUACAAAAUGAAAAUAUAGAUGAAAUAGCUACAGUAUUAAGUGGUAGUAAUGUAGUACCUGAAAACAUAAUAAAUUCCUUGCACUCCACAGAAAUUGAGCCAUUUUUGGGCUACACAAGUAAUGAGGUUGAUGAUUUAAUUAAUGAGAGAAAUAAACUAAAAAUGAUAUGUAAUAAUUUCAUGCAGUCAAAUAAUGAAGAAUUGAAUGAGUGUAAUUUUAAAGAUAGUCAGUGUAUUAAAAAAACUAAACAUAAUAUAGAUAGAGGUGUACCAAGUGUACAAAAUGAAAAUGUAGAUAAAAAAGCUACAGUUAUAACUAAUAGUAAUAUUGUACCUGAAAAUGUAAUAAGUUCCUUUCAAGCCACUGAAAUAGAGUCAUUUAUGGGCUUUACAAGUAUUGAAGCUGAUGAAUUAUUUGAAAAGAGAAAUAAAGUACAAAUGUGUGAUAAUUUGAUGCAGCCACAUAUGGAAGAUCUGAAUCAAUCUAAAUUUAAUUAUAGUCAAUCUAUUGAAACAUCUAGCCAUAGUGUACAUUCAGCUGUAAAGGAGACUGAUAGUGAUGAUAAUAGUAAAAUUAUGUGUGAUAUUGAUAGCGAUGACAAAGAAUCCUUGUAUGAUACAUGUGACAGUGAACCUAGCUCUGAAUCUCAAGAAAAAGUAGUACCCAAAGAACCCAUAGUUGUAAUGGAAAGAAUGUCAGAUUCAUUAUUCCUCAAAUAUUAUGAUGGAAUUGCAAACAAUCUUCAAGAUUCUAAAAACACAGAGGAGGGUGCAAUGUCUGAUGGAAGCUGCAAGCAUAACACUAUGGAAGAUACUCUGAACAGUGUUUCUAAUAGAUCUGAUGUAAGUACUGAAUUCACUGACGAAAUAAGCUCCUGCGAUACUGCUGAUGUUUCUACUAGUGAAGAUGGUACUACUUGUCAUGAUGCUGCUUCAAGCAGUUAUAAUGAAGAGCAAUUUGUAAGUUUUGUCACUACAAGAAGGAGGAAUCACGUAGCUGGCAGAUCUACAGUAUUUUUUAAUAACUCUGAUGGUAGUGGAAGUUAUGAAUUAGAAACUGUAGUAAGCAAUAACAAAAGAUUAACACUACAGAAGACUGAUCCAAAUCAAAGUAACUAUACAGAAGUUUUAAAUUCUAGCGAAGUUAAUGCAACACAUGGUGUAAGAAGAACAAGUUCUAUAAAAAGAAGAAGAAGAAGGUAUAGUAAAAGUAAUAUAAAUGUAGAUAAUUCUUUAAAUACAGAUUCAGACGAUGACUCGAAAGAAGUAACACUUUAUGCAUUACCUACAACUACAGAAGAUGUUGAAAAUGGUGUUACUGGGCAAAGGAAAUCACUCAAACGUAGGAGUAGUAAGAAAUUUCGCGAACAUGAGAAAACAUGUCCAAAACGUACUACAGAUCCUGAAAACUCAAACAUUGAUGAUGCAUCACUCACUACUAGUGAUAAUCCCGCACCAUAUACUGAUUCAGAUGAUCUACUCAUUUCUAAUGAAAGUACUGAUGUAUUGCAAGGUGCUACAGAUAAUAAUUAUUCAGAUAAUAAUGAAGGUGUUAUAAAUAUUGUUUCAUCAGUAUCAGAGAGCAGUGAAAAUGAAAAUGAUGUGACACUUUAUACUGUACCAGAUACUGGUCGUAAAAUGGCAGAUUCACGGAAUAAAAAAAUAUCUAUAACAACAAGAAAGAGUGCAAGAUUGUCAAGAAGGGGUACUCAGUAUGAAAAUCCAGAUACAUAUCGAAAAAGUCAUAAAAGUACAUACAACGGUGGUCAUAAUUGCAAUGAAGAUGUUGCUAAUAAUAAACCCUCUACUUCUAAUGAGAGAAUAUCUACAAUUACAACCAGAAAAUCUUCUAGAAUAUUCCAUAAACCUGAUAUAAAUCAAAGUUUAGAAUGUUUUAAUACUGAAGGAGAAUCAAAGCCUGUUAUAGUUCUACAGCCAGGCAAAAAGUGGGAGAGAUCUUUGAGUAUUUAUAGGAGAAUGACUAUGAUGACAGAUCAUUUUGAUAAUUCAAUCCUGGAUGAAUCUAUGGAAAUGAAAGGCAGGAAGUACAGACAAAGUGUGAUCAGUACCAUGGAAAUGCAGGACAUGAGAGGUUCAGUACACAAUGAUUCAAUCAAUAGCCGCAGGAGUACAUUCGUGUCUAAACCAAGCCGGUCGACAAUUAGAAUUGUAAAGGAUUUAAACAGUACCAGAACUAGUUUAUAUACCAGCGCUGUCAUUGAUGAUCUAAAAGGAUUUUUGGCCGACGAUUGUGAUGAUACGAUUGUCGAACUAUCAAAACUCUCAAUUGCCGAUGCUGAAACAGAGGUCACUGUUUUAGAGAUACAUGAUACCUCGAAUCGUUUAGCCACUGCGAGAGAUUACGUGUUGCGUCGAUGCAAUCAAACGGACGCGAUACUAUUUGAUGAAUGCUAUCCAGAUACAGUUUUGAAAAACUGCCACAAGAUCGGCGAGGGCGUCUACGGCGAAGUGUUCUUGUGGCGUGACAGAGAUGGCCGUGCGCGAGUAAUGAAAAUUGUCCCGAUAGCUGGCAACACCAAGGUCAAUGGAGAGAACCAGAAAGACUACGGCGAGAUUAUAUCUGAGAUCGUGAUUGCUAUGGAAUUGAGCGCACUACGCGCUCCCAUAGCAGAUAUAGAACGUCACUUCGCUGAAGGGAACGAUGCGAGCGCGUUGGAUCUUCACACUGUAGAGAACGCUACUGAUGUUUUUAACGAGGUAUUGGCAGUAAGGUGCGUUUACGGCAGUUAUCCAUCGCGUCUGCUGGACCUUUGGGAUCUGUAUGACGAGUGCAAGGGUUCAGAAAACGACAACCCUGCCAUUUUACCCGUGGACCAGCAGUACAUUGUGUUGGAGCUAGCCAACGCUGGCCAAGACCUAGAAAGCUAUCAAUUCAAUAACGCUGAGCAGGCGUAUGCUCUUUUCUAUCAGAUCGCUUUCGGCCUAGCGGUAGGCGAGGAGGCCUACCAGUUCGAACAUCGUGACUUGCACUGGGGGAACGUACUCAUAGCGCCCACUGAUCAGAAGUACGCGACGUUCGUGCUGCGCGGGCGCGUGCGCUGGGUGCCGCGGCGCGGCGUGGCGGCCACCAUCAUCGACUACUCGCUGUCGCGCCUGGCGCUGCCGCUGGCGGCGGGCGCGGAGCGGGCCGCUCUGUACAACGACCUCGCGCACGACGACGGACUCUUCGACGCCGUCGGCGACUACCAGUUCCAGGUCUACAGGCUCAUGAGAGACAAGUUGGGCAAUGAUUGGAAGAACUUCGAACCAUACACAAACAUACUUUGGCUGCACUACACAGUGGAUAAAAUGAUAACGGCCCUCCGCUACAAGAGGACCAACACGAAAAUUCACAAGCAUUACAUUGAGAAACUGAAGGGGAUCAAGAACAGAAUACUUGACUACAAGAGCGCUGCAGAGUUUGUGCUCGUUGACAACGAAUACUUGCGAGUGCGCACGAGCGUACCCGGCAGGCGCGGCCGGGCGCGGCGUGGCGGCGCGGCGCGGUGUUCUGCGAGUGCAUUACAGCCGGCCUGGGUGCUGGCUGCCGGGUAG